UUGAAAAUCCUUCAGAACCCAGAAACACUUCACUCUCGCGUCAUGAUGCGGCGAGAUAAAACUCUGAAGGUCAGUUUAGUUGUAGUUAUUCUAUGGCUCUCAUUUGUGUGCAUCGUCGAUUUUCUUCUAAUAUUACAGGUGUGUGCCAAUCAUCGCAUCCUUUCCAGCAUGAGAUUGACACCCAGCUUCGGGACCGAUAAAGGUUUUGUGUGGAAAGCGCCAAACGACUACGCCGACAAUGAAGUCAAGACCGAAAUUUUUGGCGUCCGAUUUGCCACCGCUGAUCGUAAGCCAUAA